UUCUUUCUUAUCUUUCUUUCUGUAAUAUAUAAAAUGUUGUACACUACAAUCGACUUCUCCUUUGGUUGAUAACUUAUAUAACUAAUAAUAAAUGCGUGAAAAAAAUAAAAAGAGCGACACUGAUUUUUUACUUACUGCAGUGGCUGCUAAAUUGAGAAAUAAUAUCUUGAAAAAAGACAACGAAGAGUCUACUGCAAGUCUGUUGGAUAGCUCAGGAACUAUGAAUUUGUCGAUCGAAAUGCCGCCAAGUGACGAUGAAUGGCGAGAAAUGAAAGCCAACAUCGAUAAAAGUACCAUCAAGCCGAAUGCGUCUACGAUUCUGUUCGCUAUAGUGCAUAAUCAGCUUGUUUAUUUAGGAUUAACACCGGAUUUCAAAUGUGAAGGCUGUUGGCCGUGUGAACUGAACUAUAAAAUUCAAAGAGAUCGACACACUUACAAUUUUUGCAACGUCAGUCUAAGAGUUUCCAUAAUAGAAGAAGGGCCCGUAUUGCCUUUGCUUCAAAUUAGCACUGCUGCUCAAGAACCACGUACAGAUUCGCUACCAGAAGUCGCACCUAACAUUUCGUCAAUUAAUCAAGACCGCGCAGAAGGUGAAUAUCUGUAUAUCUUAGUUGAGUUAAAGAAUGAUCCUUACAAAGUAGGAUACGUGAUAAAAGACGUUUCUAGAACCAAUAUGCCGAUAUUCAGCAUUGAAUCCGAAACAAACGAUAGAACUUCAAUUCGUGAUCUUCGUUUAGUUGUUACGAAUUUGAUUAAGAAAUUUGAGGGUUGUUUCCGCGGCAAACGGUUCAAGUCGAAGGAAUGUUCAACGAAUGGUGUAGAACCUCUUGGAGCUGUAACUGCGAAGCGUAAAAUUAACGAAGACAGCAAUUCGCCAGAAUGUGAUGUUGCAGAAAGACAAUCACGUUUGACCAAACCCCACCAAGAACUGGAGGCGAAAUUCAUCGCUAUUCAGCCCGAUAAACCAUCCAAACCUGCUAAAUUAGCUGCUACUUUAUUGACAAUUCUGAAAGAUGUUCAUAAGUGCAGUCUCAGCCAUUAUCAUUCUGCUUGGCUUGUCCCGCCUAAUUAUAAAAAUGAAGUUAUUGUAUUCAAGUAUCCGUCUCAGACAGGUGUCACUCCACAAAAAUCUGGUUACGACUGUUAUAAUAUGUCGCUUCUCUGGAAUGAGAAUGAUUUUUUUCUCGUAUUCCGAGUAUCGCCGGAACCGUCAAAACUGAUAAUUCAAAAACUGGUAUCAGGUCUUGUUCCGAGACUAGGCGCCGAAAGUUUAGAAGAAGAAGAGAUCAAAGUUCCAGAACACUUGAAAUGGUACAACCUUCAAGUUUGGUUGAGUGGUAUUGACUCAAAAUUCUUAAAAAAAAAGGGUUGUGGAUUUUAUUCGCUGACACCCACCGACAGCUCACCCUCUACCAGUAAUGCGUCACCGUCGUCUCGGUAAUAAUUGAUCAUACACUUACCUGUUGUUAGAAUUAUUUUUCCAUGAAAGUAUGGAUUAUUUUUAUUACUCGUAAUCCGCUCGAGAUUUGGAUUUUCCUUAUUUAUAAUCGUUUCAAAUAAUCUGUACAAUAGCUUAUUACUACCUACAAUUACAAUUUAUCAAAGAA